CUCGAUUGCUCCUGUCUGCCUCGCUGCUCAGAUUGGUUUGCGUCUGUAACUCCGUAUAGCUUUGUUUUGAAUCUCUUACUUUUAUUCAUUGUUGCUUAUUUUUUUAUUACCUUAUAUGUAAUAUUGCCUACCACACUAAUCUGACGUCGCUAGCUUGUAAUAUUUGAAUCUAAAUCGCUGUUACAACGCAUUUGCAUUUGCAGCGCUAGCUUGUUAACUUGUUAACAGUCGCUCGCGCGCUCCUUUUUCAACGCGUUCUUCAAACAUCUGUGGUAAGUCGGAUCAGUCUACAAACACGGUGAGUCAUGUCAUCCUCUCCCAGCAUUGCUACCUGUUCCAUUUGCCACAUGUUUACCAUAGCUCUCUCUGUCAGCGACGAGGGAUUUACAUGUCAUAAAUGUAGGGAAAUAGUCAGGCUGACAGAGAGAAUCUCAGAAUUAGAGACACGCAUCCAAACUUUAAUCGAGGAUAGUAAGAAUGCAAGGGCUUCAGAUACUGUUUUGGAUGCGACUAGCUUAGUGAACUCUGUACAUUGUUCGGUUCCGGCUGUAGAGCCCGCGCAGCAGGGCACUUGGGUAACGGUGAGGCGGCCUAGCCGCGGAAAACACCACUCUUCCGUUCCAAUAAGAACAUCAAACAGGUUCUCCCCACUCAGUGAUACACCCACUGAGAAUCCUGUUGAAAGUGCCCUAGUUAUUGGCGAUUCUAUUACACGGAACGUGAAAAUAGAGACACCAGCCACCAUAGUCACAUGUUUGCCGGGAGCCAGAGCACCUGACAUCAAAGCAAAUUUAAAAGUGCUGGCUAAUGCUAAUCGUAAAUACUCUAAGAUUAUUAUUCACGUCGGCACUAAUGAUGUUCGACUUCGCCAGUCGGAGAUCACUAAAAUUAACAUUAAAGAGGUGUGUGAACUCGCAAGUACAAUGUCAGGAGAAGUAAUUUGCUCUGGCCCCCUUCCUGUUCGUCGGAGUGAUGAGAUAGUUAGCAGAUUAUCAUCACUCAAUGGCUGGCUGUCUAAGUGGUGUCCGCAAAAUAAUAUAGGUUUCAUAGAUAAUUGGAAAAGUUUUUGGGGCAGACCUGACCUGUUAAAAAGAGAUGGUAUUCAUCCCUCCCGGGAUGGUGCUGCUCUUCUCUCUAGUAAUAUGGCACAUAGUCUUAGAGCUGAAACAUGACAAACUGGGGCCCAGGUCAGAAAGCAGACAGACUGGCUAAACCGACCGUCUGCUAGCUGCCUCAUGUUACAGAAGUCAGAAAAUUCAGAUAACUCUCAACACAUAGAAACUCUUACACCUAGAUAUUUUCAAAUAGAGACUGUGUCUGUACCCCGAAUUAGUAAAAACAAAAAACUUCCAAACCCAUUUAAUGGUAAAAAUUUAAUUGAUGUUCAACAAAUAAAAAAUAGAGAUAAUAAUGCUAAACAAAUGAUAAAACUCGGGUUGUUAAAUAUUAGAUCCCUUUCUUCAAAAUCACUUAUUGUUAAUGAUAUUAUCAAAGAUAAUAAUCUAGAUGUGCUGUGUUUGACAGAAACUUGGCUAAAACCGGACGAUUACAUUACUUUAAAUGAGUCUAGUCCUCAAGGUUAUGAUUAUCGACACAAUGCCCGUCAGAAAGGCAAAGGGGGAGGUGUUGCUGUAAUCUAUAGUAAUAUUUACAGUAUUAGUCAGAAGUCUUUCAAAUAUAAUU